AUGACGCUCCAGUUUUAUAUACAGUGCAAAAAAUGGGGAGCAGAACUUAGGAGAGAAAGGGAUAAUCUUGAAGAUGACCCAAGAUCUGGACGUCUUGCAACUUCCACCACCGAGGAUAACAUUGAUCAUAUUCACCGUUUGAUUAAUAACAGACAAUUGACUAUAAAUCAAAUAGCCAAUGCUUUUAACAUAUCCUGUGCGAGUGUUGAGAAUAUUCUGUGCAAUGAACUUGGCAUUAUGAAGGCUUCUAUUUGGUGGGUUCCACGUCUUCUGACAUCUGAUGAAAAGCGCACCAGGUUGAUCACAUCACGGCAAAAUAUGACAUAUUGUUUCAGACAGAUUCGGCUGGCUUCCUUGAACGUUUCCAAAGCCGGAAUGAGUGUGGGGUUCAUCACUUUGAGAUAG